GAGCAAUAGUAGUGUUUUUGUGGUGUUUGAUGGCAUCAGUGAAGUGUCAGACAUUAUUAGGUUCUUGUGAUUUCGAUAAGUAUCCCAUCAAUGGUUGUGAGGACGAGUAUGGAUCAGAUUGCGAUUCCUCCACAUCUCAGUGUAAAUGCAAACCAGACAACUGGUAUGUCGUCGACAGGAAGUUCUGUUUCCCCACACAGUGUCCCAGAGGACAGUAUUAUGACCAUCAGCUUAAGACAUGUCAACCACAACGAGUCGGAUCAGUGAACUCGCAACUCAAUUACUGCAGAUACGACUUCCACUGCAAAGGCGAACACAUCCAUUGUCUGCACGUGAAUGAGUGGAACUACCGGUGCGUCUGCUCGCGUGGCUUCGAGUACGACUCGUCGAGUCAAGAGUGUCACCAAAUCCGUGGUCUGAAUGGGUUUUGUUCGCGAGACGAAGACUGCGAUAAGAACCAAAUGCGACAAUUGGUUUGCGCCGAGAAGUCGUGUCAAUGCGCUCUGGGAUUCACGUAUAACCACGAGAUCGACGGCUGCGAGAGUAAUGAGAGGAUCAAAGAGAGGGACAGUCAGACCCGCAAAAUCAUGUAUCUGUUCAUCGGUUUGGGUCUGUUCUUCGGCGCCGCCCUAUCGCUCAAGUUUAGCUCCAACUCCUCGUCCGCUACACAACACCAGCUCCUGAAGACUGUUAUCGAGCGGAGGAGACAACAGGCAGAGGACGCGCAGAGGGAACGGCUGAGG